CUAUUUUCGCUGAUUCUGCUGGCACAAUGUACCAGCAGUGAUCCGAUCAGACUCGCCACCCGACAUUUUCGCAUCGCAUAUAGACAGAAGAGAGGAUAUACACACAGGCACCAGUGAUGGCAUCCUGGAUCCAGCGACACGGGAGCUCCCAUCAAUCACAGCUAGCAACUACAGCUGUGCUGUCGGGGGCUGCUGUUGCGGGUGCGAUUCUCGGCUACCAGGCGCUGAGAAGAAAAGAGGCCGUUCGGCGGCUCAAAGACUCCAUCCCGGACAUCAACGAACAACAUCAUGCGGAGAAGCUCACGGACUACGGUGUCGCGGCUGCCUCGCAGCUGAGCAAGGAAGAUGAACGCAGUGCAGCUCUUGCCCGCAGAGCGCAGGAAGGGGACUAUGACGAUGAGCUCAUCCUCGAACAACUCGCUCGUAACCGCGUCUUCCUCUCCGAUGCGGGCCUCGCGAAGCUCCGUUCGUCGUAUAUAAUCGUGGUUGGAUGUGGAGGGGUCGGGUCGCAUGCGGUGGCGUCUCUCGCCCGCUCGGGAGUGUCCAAGAUCCGGUUGAUCGAUUUUGACCAAGUCACACUAUCGUCUCUGAACCGACACGCCCUGGCCACGCUGGCCGAUGUGGGAACGCCCAAGGUGCAUUGCAUCCGCAAGAGACUCGAGCAGAUCACCCCGUGGAUCAAGUUUGACUGCCGGAACGAACUCUUCGGAGGUUCCGUCGCUGAUAAACUUCUUGCGCCGUGGUCUUUGGACGGCAGCGACAAAGGCCGUAAGCCCGACUACGUCCUCGACUGCAUCGAUAACAUCACAUCCAAAGUGGAGCUACUCCACUACUGUCACUCGCACUCGAUCCCUGUCAUCUCUGCUAUGGGGGCGGGGUGCAAGUCCGAUCCUACACGCGUAACGGUCGGCGAUAUCUCGCUCAGCACAGAUGAUCCGCUGUCGCGGAGUACUCGUCGACGUCUGAAGAUGCUGGGGGUGAACACCGGCAUCCCUGUGGUCUUCUCGACGGAGAAGCCCGGACCCGGGAAGGUGACUCUUCUUCCGCUGGCCGAGGAAGAGUUCUCCAAGGGACAGGUGGGUGAGUUGAGCGUCCUGCCGGACUUUCGGGCGCGCAUCCUCCCCGUGCUAGGCACUAUGCCCGCGGUGUUUGGCUACACGCUGGCAAACCACGUCAUCUGCGACAUUGCCGGUUAUCCCAUGGACUACAGUGUGGGUGGAAAGGGCCGCGACAAGCUGUAUGACGGGGUCUUGGCCGCCUUGCAGGGAACGCACGAACGCUUGGCGAGAGCUGAAUUUGGACCCAACCUCACUGGCCUUCGCCUUUCUAUUAGCAAGGAGGAUGUCGGAUAUCUGAUUGAUGAGAUCUGGCGCGGCAAGAGUGCGGUCAGCGGUCUUCCCAGUCGCAUCGGGCUUGUUCCUUGGGAACGGCCGGAGAGAGGGUUCGGACCCGAUCCCGAAUGGAUGAAACAGGGACAGGUCUACGUGCCGGUCGCGCUGAAAGAUCUGGUGUGCAUGACCAAGGAGGAAGCCACGCGCCAUGAGAAGGAGGUCCUUCUCGGCGGAAAGAAGGUAGAAGAGGUGUACGAUGAGAAGACCAUCGAAUGCGUCAAGAAGCGUCGGCAGGAAGUGGAGUUCCAGGAACAAUAUCGGUAACGAGGAGGUUAUGCUAACGAGUUGACGUGUAUUGAUCUUAUGUGUGUACAUUAUAGAGGGCAUGCGCUGUUGAUCUGAGACGGGGACGAUGUAGCUGGCUGUAGUUGUAUGUAUAUAGGAGUGACACAACCCCAUGACAAAACUCCGUCCUUCCAUCGUCGAAGGUUCACAGUUCC